GGUAAGGAAGGUAGGGGGGGGGGAGUGGGUACCCUGACGACCAUUUGGCAGUGACAGCGCCGGUUCAACAUAUAAUGCCACAAUGAGUUUUUCAAAGCUGAAGCGCCUGAACAGAUCGAAGUUCAUCUCUCCUGGGCCGGAUGUCGAUCCCGCGUUCUCCGGCAAUUUGGACUCCUGGCCUCACAUUAAGGAGCUCAUCCAUACCUACAAGACCGAUUGGAUUUACCCGGAGUUCAAGUAUGGCCAUUUUUACCCCAUCCCUCCUCCAGAGUUUGAGCCUCAAAUUUUUGAGCAGGAGGACUCAAACCUAGAAGCAGAGCUGAACUUAUCACAAAUAUCAUUGACAAAGCAGGAUAGUUUACGGUUUUCUCAUGCGAAUGGUCAUGACCUACCAUCGGGAAAACAUGGAGUCACUUCAGCAGACGCAAAUGGUGCUGAGGAGGUUGAGAAGAAGUGUAUUGAAAAACCCAAGUUCAACUUCAAGCACCUUGGGGGAUCUCCACUUUCUGCGUAUGAUCCUGUCUUCAACUGGGAUAUGGAACGUGCAACUGUGGCAGGACAGCGAGUCAGAGUACCACCAAACAUGGGGACAAGCAGUGAUAAGGUUCCGUGUCAUGAUUUCUGUGGGGUGUUUGUUGUUCUCAAUACCCACCUAAUGGAUCUCUAAUAAACACCUACCUAAUACAGACUGAAAAGCAUGACUGGAAUCAAUAAAUUUCUCUUCGCAGA